AUGUACGAGUACUAUGAUAUAGAAGAAAAUACUCUUGGCACGACUCUAACGUCGGGGACAUGCACAUUAACGAAAAAUGAUGAAAACUUAAUUGGAAUAAGUCUUGGUGGUGGUUAUCCAUAUUGUCCUUGUUUAUUUAUUGUACAAGUAUUUGACAAUUCACCUGUAUCAAAAGAUGGAUCAUUAGCAGCAGGCGAUGAAAUUGUAUCAAUCAAUGGUGAAUCCGUAAAAGGUCGCACGAAACAUGAAGCAGCUAAAAUGAUUACAUCUGCUAAAGCAGAUGUAACCAUUCAUUAUAAUAAAUUACAUGCUCAACCGCAAGAAGGCAAAACAUUAGAUAUAAUUUUAAAAAAAGUCAAACAUCGUAUAAUCGAAGCCAUGAGUUCAACAACUGCUGAUGCGCUUGGUCUUAGCCGUGCUAUUUUAGUCAAUGAUUCUUUGGUUAACAAACUCACUGAAAUUGAAGCCAUGGCAGAUUUAUAUCGCGGCCUUAUAAAACAUACACGUAAAGUGCUUAUAGGCAUAUAUGACUUAGCUCAUAUCCACCGUGAUUUUGGUGAUACAUUUGCUAACAUUGGUGCUCGCGAACCACAAGUGACAGCAUCACAAGCGUUCACAAAAUUCGGUGAUGCUCAUCGGCAAAUGAAUCAGCAUGCUAUGGCACUGCUUGCAAUUGCAGCACCAAUGGUUGCUGAUUUCAAUACAUACUUAACCAAAGCAAUUCCUGAUACUCGAUUGACUGUUCAAAAAUAUGCAGAUGCUAAAUUCGAAUAUUUAUCUUAUUGUUUGAAAGUAAAAGAAAUGAAUGAUGAAGAACAAUUCUUUAACUCACAAGCUGAACUGCUCUAUCGAGUGGAGUCAGGAAAUUAUGAAUAUCGAAUAGUACUUCGAUGUCGACAGUUAGCUCGUGAUCGCUUUGCUAAAAUGCGUUCAGAUGUACUCGUUAAAUUAGAACUACUUGAUCAAAAACGAGUCCAAGACAUAGUUUUUCAAUUGCAUCGUUUAAUGGCCGCCCUUGAUAAAUAUCAUAGAGCAAGUAACGAAAUAAUGCAAGAAGUUGACAUAUUUCCAAUUGCAGUUGAUAUUGCUUUGCCAGUAUUUUCCAAAAACGAAAAUGAUGAUCAAGAUCAAGAUCAAGAUCAAGAUCAAGAUCAGUUCGUUGAUAUUCCUCACCAAGUGAAUGAAGAUCCAGAUGCGCAAGAAAUUUUGGAUGAUUUAGAACUACUUAAAAUCGGAGAUUAA